AUGGAGGAAUGCGGAUACCUAAUCUACAACCUUCGGAUUCGAGAAAUUAUUUCCGAGCUUCCAGUCUUCAGUUCUUCGUCAGCAAGCUUUCCUAAUCCAAAUUUCCGAGCUCCUCUUCAUCCUUUAACAUCUCAAUCUCAUCAUAUUCCUCCUGGUCCAGUGCUACAUCACCCAACCCUUGUCGUUCAGCAUGGACUGUUUCCGCUCUCUUCUUCAUUUUCAUUAAAUGAAACUUUACCAAUCUUUUCAGAUCAUCUCUCUCGGGAAUGGACGAAUGCACGGCCUUCAUUCAACAAUAUUUCUACAUCGAUCGGCGCACCUACAUCGCAUAUUCCUUGGUUGCCGAUGCACUACGAGAAUGCACCGCGAGCUUUGGCACAUCGUUCGGCUAACAUUGUGUUUGCAUUUGAUCCACGCUUCGUGAAUAGCCGAAUCGCCAUUGUUAACAUAGAACUCAUUCACAUAUUUAAUGAGUCCAAUAUUUCGAGUUCGGCUAAAUCUGAUUAUGAGCUUGCUCCCCAUGUGCACGCUGGGCAUGGAAGCCUUUCACUAGUCAAGCUUCCUUCCUGGGAACGUUUAACACCCAGUAGCCUCAUUUCUGUUCCACAUUGGCUGCUCCAUUUUUAUUUUAUGAUUGCCAUCGUGACAACAUUGCUGGAUCUUUAA